AAAUUCACACUUUGCUAGUUAUUCACAGGCUGCCCAGUAUCACAAAAUAUCCCAAACAUGGAGAUUGAUAUUGUAAAAAUGUUUAUGUUCCUUAAACAUAGGGCGGCAUCUUGAAGGGUGAAAAAAUUUCUUUAUGCGGUCUAUAGUGUCACGCAACGUCAAUGUCGCAUAAGUGUCGAGAGUGACGUCAAGCCGUGGGAGGGGUACCUGUGUCAACCUCAUUUCCAGGCUCUCUCUCCUCUGCCUCCCUUUGAAUCAGUGUCACGACAUAAAAGAAAAUAUUCAUUUCUACGAAUUUUGUUGAAAUUUCUUUGUAAACCUUUUCGUUUUCACUACGACUCAUCAUCGGGUCAUGAUACGGCCAGAACCGAGAAUGUCACGCAAGGUCCAAGAGGAGAAGAAAGACUAUUAGCGUUGCGUGAACUUCGUGCCUUUUACACGAAGACCUAGGAGAAAAGCUGCGUCAGAUCUACGUAAAGAUAUCGAAGGCUUGUGUCACAGUAAAAAAGGAAUUAAACAUUACCCAAUUAUUAGAUUUACACACUGAAUGUCCAAGGAACAAUUUGAUGCUAAGAAUGUCUCUUCACAAUGCUGUACGCACAAACAACAUUGACGAAGUUCAAAAGCUAUUACAGAAACAUGGAGUGGACGUUAAUGUAAGGGAUUCUCUUGGUAAUACCGCCUUACAUCUUGCGAAAGAUAAAUCCAUAGCUUCUCUGUUGUUUAAUGCUGGUGCUCAACCGAACUUGCAAAAUGUGGAAGGAGAUACAGCUCUUAAUAUGUGGCAUGUGUUGAACUUGGAUAACUUUGCAUGCUUCACUGGUCCUUCGGACCGGUUAGAAAUUACAGGGUUGUUCUCUGAUCAUCGCAAACUGUUAGAGAUCAUUUCUUUGUUGUUAGAAGCUGGCGCAUCACCCAACAUACAAAAUAAACAUGGCUAUAACAGCCUCCAUUCGCUGUUUGUCUAUGGCGGUACUGCAGGGUUAAGCUUAGAACCAUUGUUGAUUCAUGAUUUCAUUUCGCUUCUUCUUCGAUUUAAUGUCGAUGUGAAUAUGGUGGAUUAUGAACGAUGCACUCCUUUGCAUCAUGCCGUCAGUGAGCCUCACAUUAUUAAUGCUGAGGUGCUCAUUAGGUCAGGCGCUCAAGUUGAUGCCCAAGACUAUCGAGGAAUGACCCCACUACAGCACAUGUUUCACUCUGAUAACACGGAAAUGAUCCAACUUCUACUGCGAAGUAAUGCUAGUGUAAAUUCACAAGACAUGGAUGGCCGCACUACGCUGUCCUCAGCAGCAGAAGUUGGUAAUGAGCCUGUGGUACAAUUGCUUUUGCAGGAUUCAGGUACCUGUGUCGACCUUGCAGACAAGAAUGGCGUUACCCCACUCCACCUUGCCGCUGGGUUUAAACACGUUAAUCUGACUGAAAUACUGAUCCGAGCUUCAGCUGACUUGAAUGCGCGCGAUGUUUUGAAUGCAACUCCGCUCCACUUUGCGGCAUAUGGAGGCACACCAGAGAUAAUUACCCUGCUGUUAGAGGCUGGUGCAGACGCUAAGCUGACAGACAACGCUGGUUGGCUUCCAGCUCAGUAUGCUCUGUCAAGACAUUAUUAUCACACUACUUUAAAAUUUGGGGAAGAAUACUGCCAUGAUAUUGCAAAAAAUGCUCUGAAUCAUACGAAGAUUAAACCGAGCACUACAACUGAUGACAUUAUUGUUCAAAGCCUUCCAGCUGAUGAUAUUUUUACUAUGAUCAUCCCCGCUUCUAAAGUGUAUUCAAACGUAUUUGACUCGUCCAUUGUACCACAAGAUUUGGGGGAUUAUAUGAACGCCAAAUCUGCUGGAAAUGUUUCUGGUUAUUUACACAGAAUGUGUUUUGUCCCAGGAGUAGGACGGAUCCCCGCAGACAUGGCGGAAGUUGAGAAUAUGAAGCAAAGUAUCGAAGAAUUCAUGUCGAAGUGGGUGGAGAAAAUUGCUGAAAUUGAUGACAGGUUCAAAGGCAUCUUGCUCCAUUCUGGAAGUGUUUACGAGGGGACAAAGGUGGGCGAUCCAGACGAAUUUGAUUACAUGCUGUGCCUAGAAAGGCUGGCCCAGGUUUGCUCCAUCAUGUUUAACCAGGACACAAAGUAUGAUGAAGUAACAGUUCACAAAGGGGUGGAUGAAUCACUGGAAGGUGGCUAUGAUAACCUUUUUGAUGGCGAGCAGCUCGAGAGUGGCAAGGUUAUGAGUGUGUUUGUAGAUGUGGCUAAGAGGGCAUUGACACUCCUCGACCAAACCACACUAGCCAGGGAGAUGUACGUCGAAGGUCUCACGGAACACACUCUGGUUGACGAUACAUGGACUCUUUCUGGAACUGUUACCUGUAAUCUGAAAUUCAAGUGGACUGGUUUGUUUUACAAACAACUCGUGAUUACGGUGGAUUUAGUUCCUGCCAUUCCUGUCCAUCAUUGGCCUGAGAUGGCCCGAGAAGUGGGCAGUCUACUGACGGAAGAUAUUAAAUCCCGCGGAUGCCAUUUGGUUCCAAAGGCUGGAUAUUGGAGGCUUUCAUUCUCUUUGGCAGAGAGACUGAUGAUGGGCAGUCUAUCACUGGAGCAGAAGUCAGCAUUCAUUGGAGCAAAAGUUAUGCUACACCCCUCAGUGUCUUGCAAGAUAGUCAUAUAUGACGAUUCCCAGACCUCAGGUGAUGCGGAAAUUGGACUAGAAGAUGAUGGCCACAUGGCUGCUGCAUGUUAUGCAACAGAUGAUCUUACUCAGAAUGUGCGUGAAUUUCAGAAUGAAAAAGAUGAGGCCACUAAUGUUAGUGGUCAUAAGAGAAUGAAAAAGAUGCAAGAUUAUGAAGAAGUUGACAGUGAUGCUCGCAACAGUGACAGCCGUAGCCUACACGAAGAACACAAAUCAUCUUCAAUUUCCUUGCGAGCCACUAUAGUAGGCAAGGCGGUGUUGUCUCCAUCUGGUGAAAUCACUACGGCGCUAAAGUUGCCCAGUGCUCAAGGUAACGAAAUGUUGCAAAAGUGGAUGCAAAGUAAUAGCGAUAGAGCAACGAUUGAUUUAUCUACAGAUCCUGUACAGAAAUUUGUCGUGCACGAAGAGGCUGCGGAUACGUCUGAAGACAGCAGCGAUGUUCCUGUCAAAACACUUUAUCCUUUUGACAUUUUGUCAACGUAUCUGCUUAAGAACUUGUUUUUCAACUGCAUUGAGGAAAACAAGAAGGAUACAACUGGAAAAACGGUGACAGCUAGAGAGAUUUUCAGCAAACUGUUUGAGUCGUUAACUGAAUGUCGUCCAAUUCCCUAUUUUUUUAUACCCGGUCAAAAUUUCGUGGGACUGGAAAGAUUAACCAACCAUGAUGAAAGAAGUGAAUUAGUUUUAGUUGCCAUGGUGAUAAACUCUUUGCUUAAUGACACGUGUUUGGAUGUUUCCAAAACAAGUUGAUGAGUGCUUAAAACGAAACAAAUGGAUAAUGUCUAUUGGAUUGUUUGGUUUCUGAGUCCUGAGGGACCCGUGUGACCCAAAUCUUAUUCUCCCGGUGAAAAAAAAAGGCAAAUCCCAGAUCCCAUUUCACCCCGUCAGGCCCCUGUUCUUUAUGUUAUCUUUUUCCAAGAAGUCCAUACGUACGGGCAUAAAAAAAAGGUGAAGCCUAGGAGCCGACUGGCUCUUAGCUGCCGGAGCUUAUCCCGGCUUCUGUAGCAUGAAGCGGCUAGGAGUAUUUCUAC